AAUCGGACCCAGCCCUCGGCGCUCCGUGCCUCAAGCCUCAUGGUUGUGAUCACGUCGCUCCUUCCGUUGCCCCGUAUAUUUCUGGCGCUCUUGAGCGCGAUCUCGAUGGCUCCAACACCCGCUGCGGUGACGAGGCCUCCUCUCGCUCCCCCAAGGCCGACAUCCACGCACUAUGUCAAUCCCCUUACCCCAACAACGCUUCAGAUCCCUGUGCUAUACGUCUCCGUCAUCUAUCUGGUCAUAGACGUUGCAUUAUGGCAUCUCCCCGGUGCCAGAGUCAUUAUAAACCCAUUUAAAUUAUUAACAAUUGGGUUUCUGAUUCACUGCCACUCUGACCUCCCUUCUGUUCGUCAUCCAUGUCGCAUCUUUGACAGCGUAACCAUAGACCCAAAUCUUGGGGGCUGCACCCGUGUACAGGGAGGCCAUCCCCCCAGCAUCCUCGCUGCAGGAUAUAUUGGCUCAACCCUUUUCGGUGCAGCACUGAUGACUGGUGGCUGGGACAUCCUUGCUGCGAAGAUCACGAGCUUUAUUAUUGCCAUCGCGCUGGUCGUGCCAUUGAUCAUGGUUAGAGAUAAAUUAACAAUAAUAUUAACUAUAAUCUAUGAAGGCUUAUUGAUUGGAUUCUGGUUCAUCGACCAUGGUUCAGCACUGCGCUGGUAUUCACUAUUCGUCGGUGUCAUUUUCUAUGCCCUCUGGGAUUACCUAGAUGAUCGAUACUUUAAAAAGGCUAACGAUUCGGACAGCACACAGUUUUCCGAAAUGUACCCGCGAACGAAACCUACUUUUUGGGGCUUUUUUUGGAUCACCUGGUCGGUGUUAAUUUAUAUCGGAUUCACCCUCGUGGGCCUGGCCUCAUUCAAGGGAUCAAGAGAAGACAUGUAUGCGAACGGAGCCAAAUUCUUGCCCACCUGAACAGGCAGUCUUGCAUGUGCAGCCCUUCCCGCACGCGGCAGACUUGAUCGAUCCUAGUGAUCACACUCCUUCCACAAGGACAGCCUAGUAAUUCAUUGCUUUCAUGCCCCUGCUAUUUUGACGGGUCAUUUACAUAAUUAGCUGUCGCUUUAUCCCACCAACAUUGCUUCCACAACAUUGUGUUACCUC